AUGACUAACUUGUACUCGACGUUCCAGAAGCUCAAAGAACAGGUUUCUCCAAUCGCUGUAGGACAUGAAGAUAACGCGUUGGCGUCUAAUCACAGCCAGCUCAAGAGGCUUUACACCAGUGAAGAUGAUCCUUUCAACGAUAAAAAAUUUCAAAAAGAUACUUCCAGAUCAGCACUCACUCCCAAUAAUGAUAUCCAGAACAAACCACCAGGGUCUCCGUUUAUUCGUAAUGAUAAUCUCCUGAACGAAAUGAGAAAAUCUGCUGAACCACCAGUCGUUAAUCACUACGACCACCAACAACAUAUUCAAGUUGAACGGCAAAAUGUUGAAGAAAUCAAGAAAGUCAGCGAGCAACCCAAGAAGGGACACAAGGGAAAACAUGAUGACUUGGAGGGAGAAGAUGAUGUUCCAUUAAACGUGUUGGAAGAAAUGAACAAGUUGGAGGAAUGUUUCCCUGUUCUUUCAUCCAACUAUAGACUAAUUGAUAAGAUUGGAGAGGGAACUUUCUCCACGGUGUACAAGGCAGAAGCUUUAAAUGGGACUGUGAGAUUAUCCUCAGAUAUAUGGAAGUCACCACCAUUGAAGAAACUGAAGAGCAACGAUUCGAAAGCAAAACUAAAAACCAAGAACCCAGUGGUAGCCUUGAAGCAAAUCUACGUUACCUCAUCUCCUAAUAGAAUUUAUAAUGAGUUGAACUUGUUAUACAUAUUAACUGGGAACAGUCAUAUAGCACCUCUCUUGGAUGUGUUGCGAUUUCAAGACCAAGUGGUGGCCAUAUUACCUUAUUACCCUCAUGCUGACUUUCGUGACUUUUACCGUGACUUACCAGUUAAAGGAAUCAAAAAGUACUUAUGGGAGUUGUUCCAAGGGUUGGAAUUUGUUCACAAUAAAGGAGUUAUUCAUAGGGACUUGAAACCAACCAAUUUCUUAUAUGAUCCUUUUAAAGGUAAAGGUGUAUUAGUUGAUUUUGGUUUGGCAGAAAAAGUACAGUCAUCAUCUAUUCAACCUACUUCUAAUCCUUGUCCUUGUAACUCAAAGGACAACAGUAAGGUUCCAAAAAACAGGCAUAACAAACGACUCAAUAUCAAAGCAGCCUAUCCUAAACAAGAUCAACGUCCUCCAAGAAGGGCAAACAGAGCAGGAACAAGAGGAUUCAGAGCUCCCGAAGUGUUGUUCAAAUGUACCCAUCAAAAUACCAAGAUCGAUAUUUGGUCAGCUGGUAUCAUAGGUUUAUCUUUACUUUCCAGAAAGUUCCCUUUGUUUAACUCCCCGGAUGACACUGAUGCAUUAGUGGAAAUGGCUAUUGUUUUUGGGUUGGAUAAGUUACAGAAAUGUAGCGAAUUGCAUGGAUGUGGGCUUGAAAUCAACUUGCCCUCCAAUAUCUAUACCUCCAAUGGUAACAUUUUAAAACUCAUAGCUGAUUCUUUGAUGCAUGAGAUUGAGCAAGAUGCUUUACCUCAUGACAGUGUCAUCUACGACACUAUCAAAGUAUUAAACAAAACUUGUGACGGGUUCAAUCAUUCAAUCGAAAAAUUCAAAGACUCUUUAGUUAACGAAGAAAGAGAAUUGUACGAGAAAUACCAAGACCACAAAAACCUUUACCACCUUUUACUUGGAUGUUUCCAUAUGGAUCCUAGUAAGAGGUUUUCAGCCAAAGAAGUAUUAGAGUUGCCAUUCUUUUACGAAUUAUCAGCUAAUGAUAAUGAUGAUGAUGAUGUUAUACUUUGA